AUGAAAUGUAAAAAUGAGUACUUUUCUAACAAAAUCCUAGAAAUUGGACACGAUCAAAAACAGCUGCACAAACUUACGAACCAUCUUAUGGGAAAUAAAGCAGAAACUGUACUACCAUCACAUCAAGACGAACAUGCACUAACCAAUAGAUUUGGUGGAUUCUUUGUUGGGAAAAUAGACACAAUUCGAAACAACCUGAGUAAUUCUAACAAAACAUCAACAGAAGUUGACAAUGCUCUUGAAGCCGAUGUAAAAUUCGACGGAAAUCCGCUUACUUCGCUUUCACCAGCUUCAGCUGAAGAAGUUCGAAAGAUCAUCAAGAAAGCUCCGGUGAAGUCAUGCGAACUCGACCCAAUUCCUACUAACCUCUUAAAAUCAUGUCUCGACAGCUUACUUCCUAUCAUAACCAAGAUAGUAAACACUUCAAUGGCAGAAUCCCACGUUCCUGCAUUUUACAAGGAAGCGGUUUUAAGACCUUUGUUGAAAAAGCCCGGUCUUGACGCUGAUGAGUUAAAAAACUAUCGUCCCGGUUCGAACUUGCCUGUUACUUCAAAGAUCUUGGAAAAGUUGAGUGAAACUCGGUUUGAACAGCAUCUUGAAGCAAACUCACUUUUUGACAACAUGCAGUCGGCAUAUCGUGCUUGUCAUUCAACAGAAACGGCUCUACUACGGGUUCACCAUGAUAUAGCAUUGGCACUCGUCAAUAACUGUUAUAACAACGAAUGCCUUGGUUCUAAUAAAUGUUCCCAGUCAUGUAAUAAUACCAUAGGAUCAUAUGUCUGUAGUUGUGACCCAGAUUAUCAACUAGAAAGUGACGGAUUUACAUGUACUGAUAUUAAUGACUGCCUAGGGAUAGAAUGCUUUAAUGACGGAAGUUGUGUAGAUUUCCCAGGAUCUUACACCUGUAAAUGUAUAGAAGGAUUCGAAGGAGAGCAUUGUGAAUUCGAUGUAAAUGAGUGUUUAUACUUAAAUGGGGGAUGUCAAGACCAAUGUUUAAAUACAAAUGGAUCAUUUCAAUGUCAAUGUAGAGAUAGUACAGUUUUAGAAGAGAAUGGUGUGUCCUGUAGGGGUGAUAGCAAUCAACCAACUAUAUUUCAAACGUAUAACAUUGCUCGAAGGCUGCUGCCUCGAGGCUGUGCCUUUACAACUCUAAUGUCAUGUCAGGCAGCUGGCAAUGGUUUGGAAAUCAAACUGUCAUCAACUGAUUCGUGGUAUCGAUUAAAUACAAAUAUCAACAUUCAAUACACUUAUGGCAUUACUUUUGCCGAAGUUGGUAACUUUUCCAUUCCAGUUUCACUGUCUGGGUUGAUUGUAGUGAUAAAAACGGGAACAUUUGAACUUAUAACUGGAUCUGUUGAAUAUCAGAAAACAGACGGAACACAAAUGUACGACAUGCAUGAUGAGAAUUGUAUGUUUUUCAGUACAACUCCUAAAGACAUUUAUGACUUUGUAUCAUCUGGAUCGUUUCUGGGUACAGUAUUUGAAAGUUUAAAAAACAAACUUCCAUCGUGGUUACAGUUUUCAAAAUCAGGAGUUGGUUUACUCUCCGUUACCGAUCUCAAAACAAAUGUUGUGAAUGGUAACAAUAUAGACACAAUUCAUGAAUGUACCGGUGCUCCAGUUUUCGUUGAUCGUCUAUACAGUGUUUUUGUAUUUGGAUCUGACAUGGCUAUCAAUAUUUAUGGCAAUCGGAUACAUGUUCCAGGACCUCUUGAAGGCAAUAAGUUCUGUGUUAUUGUUGACAUCUGUCAGAAUACUGGUGGAACAGUAUUCCUGAUGCUUCCACAAGAAUCCCGUAAUUUGUUUGAUGAUGUAGAAAUGUUGGAAGAUAUGACAAAGAAUGGACUGCGGUUUAGACCAAGAGGGAUUGGAUUGUCACUUGUACAGGGUGUCAAUGUUCACUACAAAACUUCUAAACUUGAACUUUGGAAUGGCGAUGAACUUUUUCAGUACAGAAUAUUUAAUUCUGCAAAUCUAUGGCUCGGAACAGACAUUCAGUAUAAAUUAGAAAGUGAAUACUUCAACCUAGAAGUAACAGGUCAAACAGACGUUUUCUUUGCAGUUCCAAGUAUCUCUAGCCUGUUUUUGGAUUUAUUCAUUGAAGAAUGGAAUGGUCUUAUACAGUUCAAAGAUUUCACUGCUUCGCCUACAUUACGCGUUCCAAUGUUUGGGAAAAUGAUAGAAAUAACCUUCAAUGGCAUGGUGAUGGCAAGUUUAGAUGUAUACUUGUCAUUAGGAGGUUUAGAUGACAGAAUAUUGUGUGGAAACGGGGCUAACCCAGCUGGUGUAUUUGUAUCUUUCCUCUUGGACGUCAAUCCUUUUAGAAAUAUUCCUAUUGUUGGUGACUGGAUUUUUAGAGCUGGUUUUCGAGUUCGUGCGUUUGUUACAACAGAAGAAAAACUUUCAGCUAAAACACAGAUAGAUAUUGUUAACGACAUUUUACAAAUGAGAAAUAUGGUUGAAAAAUAUAGAACUCUGAUCGAAGACUUUAUGAAUAAUAUUAUCGGUAUUAUUGCCGGCACUUUAGAAGAUACGAUGAGUCAAAUAUUGAACUCACUUAGAGAGCUUGAAACAAUACUGACAGAAAGGUUGGCCGGUAUAUCUGACUUGCAGUAUGUUUUAAGCGACGUGAAACAAUUGUGGAAAAAGUAUAUAGCAUUACAAGAACACACAACUGUUUUACAAGAUAAAUUGGAGUUUCACACUGAAGGAUUUGCAGCAAACCUAUCUCAAUUAAUUGAGACCGAAACUAAGAGAAUUGGGCGUAAUAUCGAUGACACUAUAUCUAAAAUUACCACAAAGGUCUCUUCAUUGCUUGGGUCAUAUACAGGAUUAGGUGUUCAGUUCACUGGUUUUGUUAGUUUAUUUUCACUGGAUUUCAGUACAAUGACAGUAGAAGUGGUAUUUUCUAAAGGUGGUCUUGGGCAGUGUAGCAAAUUUACAAAAGUUUAUGAACUGUUACAAGGCGAGUCUGCUUUUCGGGUACUUGCAAGUUACACUGUUUCUAAGAAACUUGGAUAUUUUUUGUCGUUAGAUAAACAUCGGGCCUUAAGUAUUGCAAUUGGAGAUGGCAAGUUUGUUGCACAUGCCACUAUGGGUGUUUCGGUUUUAGGAAUGAAAGCGUCAGGUGAUCUUUUAAUCAGUAACAAUGGAUUGUUUGUCAUCAUAGAGGGUAACAUUUGGGAUAUUUUUGUUGCAAGGGUAGAAAUGUCAGUAGAAUUAGGACGGAAAUGGCAUGAUUUAACAUUUUCAGUACAGGGGAAACUGUUGGCAGCGUCAGAGUCACAGAAUACAAUAUCAGGAAGAGAUUCCGAUUUUCAGGGUAGUUAUUUAGAUGGCCUAAAAGUGUUUGCACGAAGAAUUGCUGAUGAAGCCAAUAAAAGACUAACCUCAGCUCAAAAUGGCUUAACCAUGGCUCAAUCGGUAAUGACAUAUGCUCAAUCAAAGAUUAGUAAUGCCCAAGAUAAUGUCAGAAAUUUUCACUCAAAAUUUGAUGAUGCAAUCAACGCACUUGACGUCGCCAAACAAAAAGUUGAUGAAGCCAAAAUUCCUUUUGAAAAUGCACUUCAAACGUUACGAAAUGCCCAGAGAAAUGUCGAUAACUUAUGUCGGAUAAGGGAUUGCCCUUGGUUGUGUAUCCCAGGAGUUCGAUGUAGAUGGUGUAGAGGUCGUAUUGGGUGGGUUCGAUUUUCGUAUCCAUGCUGUGGAUGGACCAGUUGUUUGUUCAAGGUACCAAAUAUUUUUUGUGAGUGGGCGAAUAUGGUUUGUCGAGGUAUCAGGUUUAUAGCCUAUUUAGCAUUAGAGGCCGCUAAGAUUUUUGUAAGGGUUCCAAUGAUGAUACUUGAUGCUGCCAAGGUAGCAUUAAAAAUAGCACAAAUUGCAGUUGAUAAAGCUAGAGUUGUUCUUUAUAUAGCAGAAGGCGUACUUGAAGUUGCAAAAAUUGGACUUGAAGUUGCAAAAGGGGGGUUAGAAAUAGCUAAAGGGGCGAUUGAGGUUAUAAAAUAUACUGUAAAGGCAGCGUUAUAUGUAUUUGAAUUAAUUGUGCAGGGAAUUCAACAAUUGAUUGAUGUAAGGAACUGUGGAUUUGAAAUCGAAUUGUCAACGCAGGAUAAAGCUCUGUUUCAAGUAGGUUGUGACGUUAAGGCUUUCGGAUUAGGUUGGACAACCUUUCAGUUUUGGUUUGACUUCAGACAUCCUGUGACAAGCAUAUUGCGAAUAGCAAAAGCUACGGUGAAUACAUUAUUAGAUUCCGUUAAAAACCUUUUCGGAAAAAGAAAAAGGAGAGAUAUUUCGUUUAAGGCAAUGUCAAAGAUGCAUCAUGUUUUAAAAUUAUAUAAAAGAGAUACUUUUGAUUUUUCAAAUAACCAGAGUAUGUAUCUAAAUGAAACAAUUUUCCAAGAUGAUCAUAAUAUUUCUGAUGGUGAAUACACAACUGAAUACAAUGAUCGAGUAAAAUACUUCAAGAGUAAAUGCGAAUCGUUUAAAACGGUACAUGAAUUUUUAACACUGACGGUAAACUAUUUGCUUAACAUAUCAGCUGAAACAAGUGCGACUCUAAAUGAGAGUACCAAUUAUCGAAAUAUAAUUGAAAACAUCACAUCUUUUUCAUCGAUUGAUAAUAUGACACUCGAAGACUCAGGUAUCAGCGAGGAAUAUGCCCAAAGCGACUACAACUUAACAGCUGAUGAACUAAAUAUAGUUCUCGAAGAGGUUAAAACAAACAUGGUAGAUGAUCCAAUUAUUUCCGAAAUUGCAAACGUCACAGGAGUUGCAUACGACAUGAUCAACUCAGGAAUGGACGAAGCCAAUUCCCUCCCAAUCAUAAGUAGUUGGUUAUUUGAAAUGGAAAAUAUAACCUUAGAUUACUUCGAUACAAAUGACUGUUUCGAUUUUCAGGACUGUCUUCAACAUACAUUUUCUGUGCUUUAUGAUCAAUUUGCGGAUAUUUCGAUAGAAAAGACUGAACUGAGCAGAAAUAUAACGGUUGAAGUUGAAGACAUCUUUGUGAAACUAAUUUUGAAUGAUUCACUCUCUACGGUGGAUAUUUAUGAGAUAACAAGCCACCUGAGUGUUAACUUAAUUGAGUUGUCAGACGCAAAUAUGUUUUGUUCUUUGCCUCCAACGUUUGACUCGGUGUUACAAAACCAGACAUUCUUGUCGGGAGAUACUCUAAGUCUUGUCUGCAAUGUCUCAGGAGAUCCAUACCCGAGUAUAUGGUGGUAUUACAACGAUAGCCUUCUUCACAAUGAAACAACUAAAGAACUUAAAUACGUUGAACCAACGUCUACGCAUAGUGGUUUUUACAGUUGCGUUGCUGGAAAUAUUGUCACGAACCUCACAUCGAAAACUGCAUACAUUUAUGUAACAGAAUGUGCACCGGGUAGUUAUUAUCUGUUUGGAUACUGUUUUGCCUGUCCGAAAGGAACAUACACAAAUAAAUGGAACCAGAACAGCUGUGUAAACUGUCCGACAGGAUACACAACAGACGGUGAAGGAUCAGUUCAGGAUACGGACUGUUAUGAUUCAACUCCAUUGGUGCAAAUACUGGUUGGAACAUUUUUUGGACUGGCUAUUGUUGUAAAUGCUGUUAUAAUAUUAGUAAAGGUGAUGAAAGCGAGAGUUGUGAGAAAACAGGAGAUAAGGCCUUUGUUACGCAGUGUGCAGACAGCUCAACAGAAUCCUGUUUUGAAUUCCAGUAAAAUGAAUGUCAGUGGCAAAUUACUGUACAUUUCAUUAACCUAA